AGGAGGGGAAAGCAGACAAAUGCUUGUGAGUGCCCCAUGGCUGCAGCUGCCUCAGCUCAUUCGUUUAUUGCCUAUUGUAACUCGGAAGCAUUCUUUAGGUCAGUUCAUCUUCUGGGACUCGUCCCUGCCUUCUGGUUAAGGAGUCCAUGCACAUGUACAGGAUGACUCAACAGUGGGAUGGAUGUUCAGAUACCAGAAGGGUGCUGGUAACUUGACAGGAACUUCCACAUUCUUUGGAGAGACCUACUGUAUGUGAGACCUUUCAGGAAACUGGGCAGUUUCAGUACAUCGGCUCAUUCCAGUAUCUGAAGCUUUCACGAUGAAGAGGGCUAGGCAGAAAGCUGUGAUUGAAAAUGAAGCUCCUCAAACAUCACAGAAAAGCAAAAAACAGAAAACUUGUUUAUAUGGCUCAGUGUUUGGAGGAUCUGACUUGCACGCCUCAGUGGACUGGGGAAGCCUUCCACACCAUCUUAUUCUGCGUAUUUUUCAGUUUCUACCUUUAGUAGAUCGAGCCAGGGCAUCUUCUGUUUGCCGAAGGUGGAAUGAAAUUUUUCACAUCCCAGAUCUCUGGAGGAGAUUUGAAUUUGAACUUAGCCAGCCAGCUACUUCCUACUUAAAGUCUACACAUCCUGAUCUCAUUCAGCAGAUUAUCAAGAGGCAUGCUGAUCAUCUGCAGUACGUCAGCUUCAAGGUUGAUAGUAGUACUGAGUCAGCAGAAGCAGCCUGUAACAUCCUUUCUCAGUUGGUCAACUGUUCUAUCAAGACACUGGGUUUGAUUUCUACAGCAAAACCAAGCUUCAUGAAUGUCUCUAAG